CUCACAGCAGAAACGUCAAGUCUAAGAAACAAUCUGUACAACUAUGUCAGCCAAACCAAUUCUAUACUACACUCCUCAAAGUCCUCCUUGCCGAGCUGUUUUAUUAGCAGGGGCAGAAAUUGGCAUUGAAUUCGAUCUUCGUGAAGUGGAUCUUAUAGCCGGUGACCAUAGAAAACCAGAAUUCUUAAAAAUCAACCCCCAACACACUAUUCCAGUUGUGGAUGACAAUGGCAUCAUUUUAACUGACAGUCAUGUUAUUUGUGCCUAUCUUGCUGACAAAUACUCCAAGAACGUGAAUCUCUUUCCAAAAGAAUUGGUUGCACGCAAUAAUGUUAUGACAUUAAUGUACUACGAUUGUGGUCAUAUUUUUCCAAGACUUCGAAUGGCACUGGAGCCGGUAAUAUUCCAUGGAAAGUCUGGUAUAUCUCAAGAUACUAUUGAAUAUAUUCAAAAAUCAUAUGAUGGUUUGGAAAAUUAUCUAACUGGAAAUUUAUAUGUUUGUGGAAAGAAUUUGACAAUAGCUGAUUUAUGUUGUAUUGCUUCGAUUUCAACUGCUAAUGAUUUAGCACCAAUUGAUAAGAAGACUUUCCCCAAUUUAUCAGCAUGGAUUGAUCGUAUGUCAGCUUUAAGAUAUUAUGAAAAAUGCAAUGGUGAAUUUGCUAAACAACUUAAAGCUUUUAUUGAUCAAAAGACGGAAGAGAAUAAAAAUAAGUGAA